UUGGGUGUCACAUCUCAUAUCUCACUUCUCUCUCGCUCAGUGAUGGAGUUUCCAGAAGGCUUUAACCAGCUUGACCUGCUGGAGUCUCAUGGCCACAUGAUUCCAGUGGGGACAAAGAGUGGCUGGGUGGACGAGGAGGAAGGAGAUGAUGAUGAAGAUGAAACCUGCCACACUGAGGAAUGGUAUCAGCAACAGGAGCUUAAAUUACAAGACACUCCAACUGAACUGAUAUUAUGGGCCGCUGAGAAGAAUAGAUUAGCAACAGUAGAACGUCUCCUCACAUUGGACCCAACACUCGCUAAUUGUCAUGACAGUGAUGGUUACACCCCUCUACACCGUGCUGCCUAUGGUGGCCAUGAGUCCGUGGUCUGUGCUCUUUUGAGUGCUGGAGCGAAUCUUCAUGCGAGAACGGCCGAUGAUUGGAUGCCGCUACACAGUGCCUGUCGCUGGGGUCACGCUGCUGUAGCUUCUUGUCUUUUGCAAUGGGGGGCAGAGGUCAAUGCCAUGACAAGGGGCCGACUCACACCACUACAACUGGUGGCGGGAAAUGCUGCUGCUGGAAAGACGAUUGAGCUGUUGCUUUCACAACGCACCCUACAGGCAGGACUGAAAAACAGUGCCGGAGAGACCGCGUAUGACAUCGCACAUCGCACAAGUGAACAUCACAGACUGUUUGAGAUGGCAGAGCCCUGUAAUAACAUAUAUUGACACAUAUGUGCACUACAUAUAUUGACAGACAUGUGCGCAAGUGUUUAAUUUCUGACAUAAAUAUGUGUCAUGA